GUUUGGUUCCAGAAUCGUCGGGCAAAAUGGCGUCGUCAGGAAAAAUCUGAGAGUCUUAGAUUGGGUUUGUCACAUUUCUCCCAGUUACCACAUCGAUUAGGAUGCAAUGGAAAUAUGCCUGUAGAUCCAUGGUUGUCGCCGCCUUUGCUUUCUGCUUUACCAGGAUUUUUAUCACAUCCACAAACAGUUUACCCAAGUUACCUGACUCCACCACUUAGCUUAAACCACUCGAACAUUAAUAUGAGUCAACUUAAUAUGAUGGCACAUCAGCAUCAUAACGGAGGGCUGAGAAUUUCACCUCAAAGCAUCCCACCACCCUCACAUUUGCCACCUUCAUCUUUACCUGUUUCUACAGCAGCUUCUUCAAUCCAAAUGAUGCCGCAAACAUCAUCAGCCACUAUGAGCCCAUCAACAGCUAAUAUCCAACAAUCACCAUUACAAAACUUAGCUUUACGAUCACCAUCUCCGGACAAAAAGUCAACUGACUUGAAUGUUGAUACUUCUGAUGAGAUCUCAUGCAACGACAUAACAGAAAUAAACAUGACAGUCAGUCCACAAUCUGCAACAACCGACAUUAGAACAAAUUCUAUCGCCGCUUUGAGAAUUAAAGCAAAAGAACAUUUGGAGAAUAUAAAUAAGAACUUGACGAUUGUGUAA